UAAGGUCCAGCCUUGCGGAGAGAGCGCAACAAACAUGGCGACAGAGCGGAGUGGACAGGGGUGUCUUCUAACUUUCAUCGUGUUCCUCUGGAGCUCUGUCGGCGGGCGGACGGAGACGUCAAGCCCCGACUCCAGCAGUCAGAUCCUGGGCAUGCGGCUAGAGAGGAGCGGCAAAGCGGCCAGCACGACGGAGGACGGGCUCAUCCAGGUAACAGAGGAGAGCAACGUCGUGCUCAGGUUUUAUGGGCUGCACCUGAGCCCGGACACAGCAUCCCACAUCAGGUUCACAGAGUAUGUGGAUACGGAGGACAGUGACGAGUUAAACAGGACUUGUGAGGAUUUCACCAAAGACCUGAGCAUCAGCACCUUCAUGAACGUGAGCAACAGAGGGACGUCAGGUCUGGUGAGUGUGUAUGUGAAGCCACUGCGUAAGAGUGAACGAGAAAAGAUCUACAGCCUAUGUGUCAGGCAGGGUUUGGGAGACAAAUGGGUCCAGCUGGGUGAAAGCGAUGGAAGAUUGUUAGUCAUAGAGGAGAAAGAAUCUUUUCUACCUCUUUGGUUCCAAAUCAUCCUUAUUAUAGGUUUGCUGAUGCUGUCCGGCAUGUUCAGUGGGCUCAACCUGGGGCUCAUGGCAUUGGAUCCAAUGGAGCUUCGCAUUGUACAAAGCUGUGGAACUAAUAAGGAAAAGAAAUAUGCGCGAAAAAUUGAACCCAUUCGAAGCAAGGGCAACUAUCUGCUUUGCUCUUUAUUGUUGGGUAACGUGCUGGUCAACACAACUUUAACAAUCCUGCUAGAUGAUUUGAUUGGGUCGGGGUUGGGAGCCGUAGUGGCAUCUACUGUUGGCAUUGUCAUAUUUGGUGAAAUUGUGCCACAAGCUCUGUGCUCGCGUCACGGUUUGGCUGUAGGUGCCAACACCAUCAUGUUGACCAAAUUUUUCAUGCUCCUGACCUUCCCAUUAUCAUUCCCCGUCAGUAAGCUCUUGGAUUGCGUUCUUGGGCAGGAAAUCGGCACCGUCUACAACCGCGAGAAGUUGUUGGAGAUGCUGAGGGUCACCGAACCCUACAACGACCUGGUCAAAGAAGAACUGAACAUCAUACAAGGGGCACUGGAACUCCGAACCAAGACGGUUGAGAAUGUGAUGACGCCUCUGAGCAACUGCUUCAUGAUUCACAUUGACACCGUGCUCGACUUUAAUACCAUGUCUGAGAUCAUGGAAAGCGGCUACACGCGGAUUCCCGUGUACGAUACCGAGCUCUCCAACAUCGUGGACGUCCUGUACGUCAAAGACCUGGCCUUCGUUGACCCCGACGACUGCACGACGCUUAAAACGGUCACUAAGUUCUACAACCACCCGGUGCAUUUCGUCUUCCACGACACUAAGCUGGAUGCCAUGUUGGAGGAGUUUAAGAAAGGUAAAUCCCACCUGGCCAUCGUUCAGAAGGUGAAUAAUGAGGGCGAAGGAGAUCCGUUCUACGAGGUCCUGGGUCUGGUCACGCUGGAGGACGUCAUCGAGGAGAUCAUCAAAUCUGAGAUCCUGGACGAGUCUGAUCUUUACACUGACAAUAGUAACAGAAAGAAAGUGGAUCCCAACAAGAACAAGAGGGACUUUUCUGCUUUCAAACAUGAGAGUGAAUCCAAAUCCAAGAUAUCGCCUCAACUAAUGCUAGCAGCGCAUCGUUUCCUCGCUACUGAGGUGAGCCUUUUCUGUCCACUCCAGAUUUCGGACAAGGUCUUACUGCGAAUCCUCAAGCACCCGGAUGUCAUUCAGGAGAUUAAGUUCAAUGAGAACGACAAGCGCUCGCAACAGCACUAUUUAUAUCAGCGUGGAAAACCUGCCGACUUUUUCAUCCUUAUCCUUCAGGGUCGGGUGGAAGUUGAGGCUGGAAAUGAGAAUAUGAUGUUUGAAACAGGGCCUUUCUCUUAUUAUGGAGUCAUGGCACUGUCUACACCAUGCCUGGCUGUCACCCCCCCUCUUUCUCUUUCCGUGGUGUCGCCUCGUCCGCGCCGCCUUUCGCUUAAGAGGUUUUCUCUGUUCUCGCGUUUCCCAGAGUUUCGCUCCCCGUCUCACUUGAGUGGUUUGAACCGCUCGGCCUCUCUGAGCCACACAGAAAGAGUCGACUCUGUGUCCGUCAUCGGCAGUAACAGUCAGCUCAAUAACAGCCCUGUGGCACAGUACAUCCCUGAUUUUAACGUGCGGGCCCUCACUGACCUGCAGUAUGUGAAGGUCACUCGUUCGCAGUACCAAACCGGCCUCCUGGCUUCAAAACUGGACAGCAUGCCCCAGUCUCCUGAGAGCAGCCAUAUCCGCCUGAACCCCUCCCCUCUUCCGCCUCUGACCCCCCCCAUGUCCUCCACCGUGAACCACACCACAGCGCCGCCAGCACUCAGAGAGAACGGGCCGGAUGAGACCACCUCGCUGCUCAACGACAAGAACAGUCUGUCCAAACAGCGUCCGAGCCACAUCCUCCCUCAGAACCAGUCGCACCUGAACACCAACACUAGCCCGAUGCCCCUCCCCAACCCUCUCGCGCAUCACAUGCACACCUUCACCCACACGCACACAGAGAGCACCAUUUGACGACACUAAUCUGGGGCUCAGAGAGCUCCAGAGCUGACCGAAGGCGAUCACACAAACACACCGGACGAUGUAGCGUACUUUCUCUCGAUUCGAGAUGAUAAAGUGUGUCCAAAAACUCCCAAAAAGUGCAUCGUCUUCAACAUUCCCACUGUGAUUUUAGGGGCUGCGGGUUCAGCCCGACAUUGAGGUGUUCAGUUAAGCAGACUGUUAUGCCUGCUAUUGCAUGUUAAUCAUGUAGAGACUCUAUCAAAGCUUUCAGCAUAUAAGUGUGUUCGGUAUGCAACAGAUACCGUUUAAAGGCAUUAUAAAAUUACAUCAUUAUCUAAUCGAACUAUUGAACAAUAUGCACUUUUUAUAAUGUCUCUGACCCAGCAGCAUACAUUCAUGUGCUGUAGUUUUCUGAGACUUUGACCAUAAGAGCACUUUGAGUCUCAUAAGCUAUCAUUGGACUGAACUAUCCUUUUAGCACAAACGAAGACUGAUCUGGUCUAGUUUUCUUGCUAUGAUUUUGACCGCUUUCUUUCAAAGUCGAAAGCAUCAAGCUUAGGUGAAUUUUUUUUUGUAGCUAUUUGAUGUAGCUGUAUGUGACGCAAUCGUAGCUCUACGUGACAAGCGUGAAGGGAAACUUUGUAAAUUUAGUUUGGAGACGUGAAAUUUGCUGACGCAGAUGUGGUUUGGAGAACCAGACAUGGUCAGUUAGUGCUCUAAACAGACUGCAAACUGCAAAUUCAGAUCUGUGAUACGUGAUUAAAAACAUGAUCUAAUAAUUUAUUUAAAUAUGAAUAUAUUUAUUUUAUUUUUGUCUAAAUUAGUAUGUAUAUUUGAAACGUGUUUUUUUUUUUUUUUUUUUUUUUGACACAAUUAUGACAUCCUCCGGGACAAACCUUUGUUAUAUUUCACAACAAAAUAUUAUAUUUGAUAAAAUAAAGCCUGUUUACACCAUUAAGAUUUUUUUGCAUUGUAUUAUGCAUUAUUUUCAUGAGAAUUAAUCACAUUUCCGUCACAAUUUUUUUUAUAUUACUGGAAUACAAUUAUUUGUUCAUUUACAUUUUUUUUCUUUUUUUUUUUUUAUACUUGAAAUGCAUUCAAAUGCACCAUAAUGUAUAAAUGCUUAACAAUAUACUUUUUUCACGUUAUACUAAUGAAACUGAUAACACAAAAAUCUUAAUGGUCCUAAUUAUGUUAAUUUUUAUUUUGGGGUGAAAUAUGACCUUAGAUUUUGUAAGAUUUAACCAGUUCUUGAUCUCGAAGGACUGUCCAUCAAACAACACAUGCUGUUUUCCACCGACAUUCCCAUCCUCAGAAACAAUAAUUGAUUCUCAUGUAUUUUUGUAUGCUACUGAAUCUUUAGCUUUUCUUCCUGAAUUAUAAAGUCAGGUUCGUUAAAGGAAUAGGUCACCCAAAAAAACUUAACAUUUACUGAUCCUUAGCCAAUCCAAGAUGUUGAUGAGUUUCUUCAUCAGAACAGAUUUGGAUGAAUGUAACAUUGCAUCACUUGCUCACCAGUGGAUCUUCUGCAGUGAAUGGGUGCCGUCAGAAUGAGAGUCCAAACAACUGAGAAAAACAUCACAAUAAUCCACCAAGACAUUUUCCAUCGUUCCUUUCAGCUAAAUUAUGAGUCCUUUCUCCAUUAUAUUGCUUUCUUCAGUGAAAAAAAUUGUCUCUUCUGAAUCCGGAGAGAAAUCUGCACAGAUCAAGCACUCUUGAAACUAAUAUGUGAGUGGGUUUGUUUCUUACAAACAGCUUUUUGCUUCACAAGACAUUAAUUGAUGGACUGGAGUGGGGUGGAUUAUUGUGAUGUUUUUAGCACCUGUUUGGACUCUCAUUCUGACGGCACCCAUUCACUGCAGAGGAACCAUUGGUGAGCAGUUUCUCAAUUUAUUUUCCAAUGAAGAACUUUCAACAAAUUUGUAUUUUUAUUUAGUGAACUAUUUCAAACUAAAGCCUCUUUCCUUGCGCUAGUUUUAAGCGGUUCUGUCCAGAGAUCAUGUUUCGGAGGUCACUCAGUGAUUCUUCAGUUGUGUUCCUCUAAUGCUGAGUUGACAUUAGAAACCAUUUUUAAACCUUAUUCUGAUGUAUUCAUAAUGUAACUACGCUAUGCAGUGCAUGCAUAAAGCUUCCAGUGUUAAAGUGUUCUUUUAUUUCAUAAAUUGUAAUUAGAGUAUUAGAAAUAAUCAUGGAGAAGAAUGGCACUGGAUGGAUUAUUUAUUUUUUCUCAUUGAAGCGUAUAAAAUUGACUUUGUCCAGCUAGUGUACGAUGAUUUAUAAGUUAUUUAUAAAUGUUUUGUUGCCUUUACGAGAGAUUUAAAUCUGAAGCAAUAAAUAGGUCUGUUUCUUUUUAAGAUGUUUAAUGUACAAUUGCACAGUGAAAGAAAUAAGUUUGCAUUUUACCUCAAAUUAUAUUUGUUGUAUGUGAAAUUUGAGUAGUAUUUACUUAAACUGAAACCAAAACGUGGGCAUUGCGCUCAAACUCUGUACUGAGGCGUAAUAUGUUUUAUCAUGACCAAAGCUGCAACACUACAUGGAAUUAAAUUUAUAAAUGACAACAUUAACCAAAGCCUUUUGCACUCUGAUUUGUCCAUAUGCUCAUUAUUUCUCUCUUUUUGCACAGUGACUCUGUGCUUGUGGAAACUAAUGAAAUUCUUUUGAGUGUGAUGCUGGGAUUUAAAUUCAGCUCUGUAAUCUGCUUUUAAUGUUCAUGGUAGUUUCUCAUAGAUGUUGUGCUUGUUCCCAUUUGAUAAUUAGACCACAGUAGAUUCCAAAAGUGUGUUUUCAGGAAGCGUAUGCAUUUUCCACUCUGCAUUUAUUUACUUUUCAGGGUCAUGACCUAUAUUGACCUUUCAAACUGUUCAGGGUAUUGUAUUGCAUACUAAGCAAACUUUGUUGUGGGUUCACUAUUGACUUACAUAAAGAGUGAAAACACAGAUAUCCUUUAAAAAGCUAUGUGAAAUACAGAAAAAUAAUUUCUUCAUUUAUUUUAGAUUGUGGUUAGUUUAUUUGUGUCUUUUUUUACUUUUAAAAUCAUCACAACAAACCAUAAUUAUGAUGUUUGUCUUUCUUUUAUGUUGCUCUCUUCAAAGGGAAAUGGAAAACGCAGAUGUGUAGGCCUUCUUUAAUUCCCAUUAACACGAUCGUAUUUAAAUCAAUCUGUAUAUAGCCUAAUAUUUUGUAUUUCUGUUGAGUUCUGAUGAUAUAAAUGCUAAAUCUAAAUAACUAUAUUAAGAAUCAAGACUCCUCUUUUGCUCGGUCUCGAUAAUGAUGUUGCUUUAAUUCCAAUGGCAAACCAUAAGGUAAAACUUUUGCAAUGUGCAAAACAUUACGGUAAGUUUUUAACUUGCUACCUCUCUCUUUGUAAACUAACUGCUAAAUUCGAAUAAAUAUUAAAUGUGAAUAUAAAAAAAACUGUUCUAACCAGAUAAUGCCGUUUGUUUUCAAAAUAGCGUUGUGAAGAUGCGGAUCUCAUCUCUCACACUCUGAAGUUCUUCAGUGCCGCU